UAUGAUCUUUCGACGCCAUCUGUUCAUCGGCAACAUUUACCAUCUGUUCCAAUGUCACCGUCAGAGUUGACAACCUGCCGGAUUGCCGAAAGCUAUGACGCACAUUUUCGGAGGGUGUCCCGAUCGCUGUAGAUCUGCCUCAACAAUUGUAUUCAUUGUCCUCACAAACACCGAGCACUGAAGCCAGCCUCGGCUCAUGCUAAAUGACAACAUACCUCAGGAACAGACCGGUCCCUUCUCACUGAUAAGCGCUUGAAUGACGAUGUACCUCAAGCAGCGAUCACCUGGUUCAUACUGUGGAAAAUUGAGCGUGCGAUAAUUUCUUGGCUUACAGAUUGUAUCGCUGAAACCGUAUCGCUGAGACUGCACUGGAGUCAACACGAGACGAAAAAGCCGCAGAGCAUGAGUCCAUCUAUGCUAGAGCCAGUGGCACAGAGCGAAUCGAAAGCAAGUCUAUUCAAGAGACUUGGGCUUGAUGAACAAAAUGGAGGCCACCGUCGUCUGUACACUAUGAUGAAGGAAGAAGCAAGCGAGGGUUGGCGUCGACUCACAAUUGGGCCUCAAUCCUUAAUCCCUUCUCUUCGUGAUGAUCAGAAUCUGAAGCCCCCACGCUAUACUUUUGCACAGAUUGACGAGAUGGCAAUGCGUGAUGAACUCAAGCGCAUUCAUCGCGAAGCGAGUCCAGCGACAAGAAUAAUAUAUGACCUCGCGCAGGAUCCUGACACUGAUGGAGCGUAUGGAAACUGGAUUAUCCGCUGGAUGGUCUGGCACGUGUUCCGCUAUCGUGACGAAAGGAACUCGAGACGGCAGAUGUCUUCGUCACCUGCGAGUGCGAGCGGCACCUCCGGUGACGACACCAAUUCUCAGCCCCUCGUUAUGCCAUCAGCUCUUGGAUCCCUGGUCGACGAAGAUCAAGAAGCAGGACUUAGAUCUGGGCGACCGGAAAGCAAUUCCAACAGCUUGCCUGUGCUCCAGCCGGGACACUCGGUCGAGCAUUCUAGCACACUAGUUUCGGAAGAUACAAUAGAGGCUUUGCAUGUGGACACUGCCGCACCAUUACCAAAAAAACCUGCCUUCUGGGACCCUGUGCGAGCUGAGUAUCGAUAGCGACCUCGGGAUGCACACGGACCAUUCACUGCUUAUUGCAUCGCUAGACGGAUGCUUCACCACAGGCCACCCCGUACGAGCCUUGCAGGGAGGACAUUUCCCCUGCAAUCACGAUUUCAUUUCACAAUCAAGACACGGCAUCAUGAUUCUAAUGUCCCAAAAAGUCAUCCCAUAGCAGCGACUGGUUCGCGAUAUCUACGCCCAAUACAUGAAGGCAACAUAAUGUAUAUAGUAAUAAUAAUUUCAGCACAAAUACAUG